CUCUGUAGCUGAAUUCAAAUCUGACACUAUUCAGCGCUCUUGUAACUACGCAUGCUUUUAUGUAUAUCGUAAGAAUACAAUUUGCGCUGUUUUAGUCAAAUCAACGACUCUACAAUAUGAAAUGAUUAUUUUUUACAAUGUGAAUCUGCAAUAGAAAUUCCAGAUGUAUGUAAGAGAAUAUAGAAUGUUGUAGCGAUGUAAUUUGAACGAAAAAGACAGAAGAAAGAAUAAAAUCAUUUAAUAAGAGAAAUGUUAAUGGAGGCUGUGUUGAACAACAGAGUGCGGUAGUCUCGGCAGGUCGAUGGUGCUGUUCGUACCGACGGUCCGUUCGCAGCCGUCUUUGCUUCGCGAUGCGUCCACUGAUGUGUGUUUCUGCACAUGGCCGUGCCGCCCAACGGGCUUCUGCAUUGUUCCACGGUUUUUCACACUUUGUUACCGGGUUGUACCUAUUAUUUUUAGAAGAAUUAUCUAGUACAAUAUAUCCACCAUGACUACAUCGUCAGAAGAUGUUUUGAUGCAAGUAGGACAAGUUCGCUAUAAAAAGGGAGAUGGCACUUUAUAUGUUAUGAACGAACGAAUAGCUUGGAUGCUCGAUAACAGAGACACUGUGUCUGUUAGUCACAAGUAUGCAGAUAUUAAAUUGCAAAAAAUAUCACCAGAAGGAAAGUCAAAAAUACAACUGCAAGUUGUAUUACAUGAUGGUUCUUCAUCUACAUUUCAUUUUGUAAAUAGAAAUGGACAAGAAGCACAAAUAAAGGAUCGUGAUGAUGUGAAAGAGUUACUUCAACAACUAUUACCAAAAUUUAAAAGAAAAGUGAAUAAGGAAUUAGAAGAGAAGAAUAGAAUGCUCCAGGAAAAUCCAGUACUAUUACAAUUGUAUAGAGAUUUAGUGAUUACUCAAGUUAUUUCAUCUGAAGAAUUUUGGUCACAACAUGCUGCAGAACAUACACAAGCUAAAAAGAGUCAACGUCAAGAAAUUGGUGUCAAUAGCGCUUUUUUGGCUGACAUAAAACCACAAACCGAUGGUUGCAAUGGAUUGAAGUAUAAUUUAACUGUCGAUGUAAUAGAAUGUAUAUUUAAGACGUAUCCUGCAGUAAAACGAAAACAUCAAGAAAAUGUGCCUCAUAAAAUGUCUGAAUCCGAUUUUUGGACAAAGUUCUUUCAAUCGCAUUAUUUUCAUCGAGAUCGUAUCAAUGCGGGGACCAAAGAUCUUUUUACCGAAUGUGCCAAAAUAGAUGAUCAAGAACUCAAGAAAGAUAUUCAGUCAGGUAUCGAUGAUCCUCUGGUGGACAUUACCUCUUUCGAAGAUCAAACUCUGGAUGAAAAUUAUGGAAACGGACCAAACAAGUCCGAUAAAAUUUCAGGAAACAUUGUUCAUCAAAGUAUGAUCAAAAGAUUUAAUCAACAUAGCAUUAUGGUUUUAAAAGCCAGCACUGCCAAACAAUCUAUGCAACCUACUCAACCACAGUUAAAUGGAUCAACACCUUCUGCGAGCAAAUCUGCACUUUCUAAUCGAUCGGACGAACAACCAAAAACGAAAAAGCUCAGAAUACAAGAAAAACUAACGUACGAUGAUCUUGAUAGUAAUUGUGACACAAACACAAAUCGUAGUGCACCAUUGAACUUGACACACAUAGACAGAUAUUUACACGGUCCUGUACCAGGAUAUGGUAAUACGGUACCGACGUCCGACGAGCUUUUUAUGACCAUAAAUCAAUUGAAAAAGGAAUCAAAUGGAUGGUUGACAGGAAAUAGUAUACCGCGGCAAUUAGCAACGUCGUUAGUUAGUCCAGCUGCAGCAGUCUCAGCUUUAGGGGAAUUAACUCCAGGUGGUUUGCUGAUGAAAGGCUUUAGGGAAGAAAGCCUUGGACAAUUAAUACCAAAGGAUUUAGAAAAAGAGUUACGCAACGUUUAUGUCUGCAUAUGUGAACUUCUAAGGCAUUUUUGGCGUAGUUUUCCACCCACUACACCACAACUUGAAGAAAAGGCAAUUAGAAUGCAUGAAGCAUUACAUAGAUUUCAUUCUGCUAAACUUAAACCUUUUGAAGACCGUGUUCAGCGUGACUUUUCCGCUGUCAGUCAACACUUGACGAGUCACUUAAACCAAUUAUUGAACACAGCAUAUAGAAAAUUUGCAGUCUGGCAACAACGUAAAAUGCAAAUGAGGUAGCCGUUAAAUAAUUUGUCGUACAAAUGAAAACAGCGUGAAUAAAACAGAGCAAUAUUGGCCAUCCUACGUAUAUUGCAUUUUGUAAUGUUACCGUAAUUAGGGAUUAAUAUGGGUAUAUUUCAUAAAAACCAAAGCAGAAUCGUAUCGUGCAUCCUGAUCGUGCUGCCUGAUAUUGUUUAUUUAUUCUUACAUAAUUAUGUUUAUUAUUAUUUGAGAAUUCUCAUUAGUAUAUUUACUCGGAUCCAUUUGUAAGAAAAUAUUUCAUGAAUACUUACGUAAUUUAAUGUAUAAAUUAUUUAUUUACUUGUUCUAAGUUGUUAUGUAUUAUGUUGCAUAUUUUCUGAUACUUUCUGAUGCUUGGUUAUAUCAUGUUGAUGUGUUGAAAAAAAUGUCUUCAGUUAAAAUUUAUAAAGAAAAUUCAUUGAACACAAAAUAAAAUUAGCAUUGAGGAGAAUGUUUAAAAUGCAACCAGUUACAAAUGUAUGUACGAAAACAUUUAAAAAGUGUUGUAUGAUAUCAAAAUACUGAUACUGCCACUGUAUCACUUUGCUUUUCAAUAGAAUUCUCUGGAAUUCGCCAUGUUUAAUUGUAUUUCAGAUUCUUUAUAUGCACUACACUUCUAGCUAUAAUAUUAGAACAUUGUACAGUAUAAUAUUUCACUUGUAAGAACAUAAGAAAAGAGGUCAAUGUAUAUUUGUGUAAUGUUCAAGGAAACAAUGUCUAGUGUCACAAAUUUUGCAUCGCGAAUUUUUCAUGCUAGUACACAGUGGCAUCAGUAUACUUUUCAAGGUAUCUGCGAUAUACACAACUAAGUGUCUUAAUUGUUGAAUCCUAUUUUUUUUUUAUAGUAACAGGUAAGGCAACUUGCAACAUGUAAUUUCAAAAACUGCCUGCUCACUUUCUCUACAGUAGCAAUAAUUUGGCAGUUAUCGAAGGGGUGAUACCUAUUUCAUCCAGUAAUCGAAACGAUCAUAUUCGCGAGUUAUGCUAUUAUUAUUAUUAUUAUGAUUAUUAUAGUUAUAAUAAAUAUAUUCUUUACACAUUACCAUUAUAGUAAAUGUUAUCAUGCGCAUACCAAUCUUAAUUAAUAACACUUUAAUCAAUUUCAAUCAAUUUUCUUUGUAUUAGAAAGAAAUAUAAUAACAUUUUCAUAA